AUGGCGCCGAGCCACUACUCGGCGCAAGAGGCGUGGGGUCUUCAUGACCGACGAUACGGUCCACAAUCCAGCGUCGCUCACCCGAUGCAUCUACCAAGGGAGGAGGAGCAUCACGACGGAAGGCUUCUUGGGUUGGGCGCCGAUUCUCAUAAUCGGGCGCUUGUGCCGUCGAGUGACGAGCUUCGUUUCCUUCGUGCUGACACUGAAGAGGCGAUGAACGGCCUUCUGGAUGCCCGUGAGAUGGCCGAGAGGGCUCGAGAUCGUGCAGCAGCUGCGACAGAGGCUGCCGAGAGAACCCGACGGGAGCAGCAGGGCUUGGUGGAGCGUCUGCGACAGCUCGAUACUGCUGCGUUCCGUGGACCCCAGCAGAACGAGUCUGCUCGCGCUCGUCUAGGACUUGGUCCCAGUCGUCGUCAGCGUCGUCGGCAGGGGGUGUCGGACUUUGAGCCGAUACAGACGAGUGAGGAAGGACCAAAGGGAGAUCCGCCGGCAGGUAAGCCUUAA